GCUAUACGCUAAGCAUCAACUUCAGCCUGGUACGAAGCAGGUUCGUCCGAAAGGAAACGUCGUCAUGAGAACGGUUUAAGAUUACCUUCUUUCAUGGAACUUAAAAUCUGAGCGGCGACCAAACAGCUUGGUACGAGGCUGAAAUUAGCUAGUUUCGCAGAAGCUCAUGGGUGCUUGGUUUAAGUUUAAACGUGUGUGUUUGGGACGGACUCCACAGUUGCGCACGCACGCGAAGUGAACCUUGUCCAAGUUGGACGUGCUUCGUUUGCCAGGAACUUGGCCGACUUGAACGAGUGUACUGCACAAAACAGCCAGAUCAAAACAAGAGGCAUGUUAUCGGUCAGACAUUUUCAUCAUAUCUGCAGAAGAGGAGUUAGUUCUGUGUGGAGAGGUAUUAGUGCACGUGCUGGUCAAAGGCUUGACAUCGGUGGCAUUUAUCCUCCCAUAGCCACUCCAUUUACAAAGGAGGGCGAUAUAGAUUACCAAAGCCUAGAUGAAAAUCUUCAGAAGUAUGAUGGUAUUCCUUUUAGAGGUCUUGUGGUUCAAGGCUCUAAUGGGGAGUACCCAUAUCUGACAGCAGAGGAGCGAGUAGAGGUUGUGAGGAGAGUUAGACUGGCUCUACCAAAAGCUAAGCUGGUAAUGGCUGGAUCUGGCUGCGAGUCCACCAGAGCCACAAUCCAAAUGAGUGAACACAUGGCCAGUGCAGGUGCUGAUUGUGUGUUGGUAGUGACACCAUGCUUUUACCAUGGCAAAAUGGGUAGCAGGGCUCUCAUUCAUCACUAUACACAGGUGGCAGAUUCCAGUCCUGUUCCUGUCAUACUUUACAAUGUACCAGCCAACACCUUUGUAGAUCUGCCAGUGGAUGCAGUCAUCCAGUUAUCCCAGCAUCCAAAUAUAGUUGGGAUCAAAGAUAGUGGUGGAGAUAUCACAAGAAUAGGUCUGAUCGUGCACAAAACCAAGUCACAAGAUUUCCAAGUGUUGGCAGGAUCAGCUGGGUUCCUAAUGGCUGCAUACUUAGUAGGUGCUACUGGUGGUGUUUGUGCUUUAGCAAAUGUUUUGGGUCAGCAAGUGUGUGAGCUAGCACAUCUGUGUACAUCAGGGGAGUGGGACAAAGCCAAGGAUCUUCAAUACCGUCUCAUUGAACCAAACACAGCGAUUCACUUGGGGCAUCAGUUGAAAGACUGAUUGAAUCAGCUUUUUCACCUUCACAUCUUUUCCUUCACACCCUUUAGGAACUCGGUAGAUUCUCAGAUUGUUACGUAUUGACCUAUUUUGCAGGUCUUCACAUCUAGCCUUCAGGUACAUCUACUUGUGGAGCAAGUAACAAAUUGCUCUCUUGUAUCUUCUCCCAUUAUACUUGGUGCUUAUACAGUCAUCUGCCUCUGUGUUUCUUUUCUGUGUUUUAUGAAAUUUUUUUUUAAUCAUUUAAACUUUCAGUUCUUGCACUGAUAAUUCCAACAUUAGUAAUAAUUUGAUUCAGCAACAAUUUAGUCGAUAUACUCGGUUCUCUGCCUUUAGUUUCUACUGUUCAACUAUUAUUUUGGAUUCUGGGUCACAUGUGCUAGCACUACACAUCACUUGUCAGAUUUUCAAACAUUUCUUAAAGUCUCACUGAACUUCAGACACAACCAUGAGAUUCCCCAGGACAGGGGUCUGAUUUAUGAUUUAUGAUUUCAUGGUUUUCUUGUUUCUGACUGCGCAGCUUUUUACAGGUUGAUUAAACCAUGUAUUUAGAUAUUUUUAAAGAUGCUCCUCAUAGGAGACAUGCAUUCACGUCAUUAACCUUAUCAAAUAUAUUUCAUGAAUAUUCACUUAAGAAUAUAAACUGAAUAAAGUAAAAAUGAGCACAAUAUUAUUGACCCAUAUAUGCAAAUAUUUACAAAGCCCAGGUCAAGUUGUUUUGUUGAUAUUAUAAGUGAAAAAUAGAAUAUAACACUUAAAUAUACCAUAACUUAAAUAUGUCAUAUUUCUGCUCAUUUUAGUGCACAAUUUCUAUUUAUUUGUUGAGCGUAACAUAUUGGAAAAAAUAAAACAUAACACAAUAAUUCGCCAGAACUUUUGCAUGGGCCACAAUGUUAUGUUUUGUUUUUUUUCUCCCCAAUAUGUUCAAUUCAGCAAAU